CAGCCGGUAGGCGGGGAGCGGCGGCGCGGCGGGAAGGCGAGGCGGACCGGGCCGCGCUAUGGCGCUGCCGGCGCUGUCGAGCUCGGGGGUGAAGUUCCGGCAGGUUCUGGCGCACUUCCCCCAGGAGCUCAGCCUGGCCUUCGCGUACGGGUCCGGGGUGUUCCGGCAGGCGGGGGACUCGGCCGGGCCCGGCGAGAACAACAUGCUGGACUUCGUGUUUGCUGUUGAUGAUGCUGUGACAUGGCAUAUGAUGAACUUAACAAAGAACAGGAGUCAUUAUUCCUUCCUAAAAGUUUUGGGGCCAAAACAGAUAAACAGUGUCCAGAACUAUGGAGCAGGGAUUUACUACAAUACGUUAGUGCCAUGUAAUGGUAGGGUGAUAAAAUAUGGUGUAAUUAGCACUGAUACCCUGAUUGAUGAUUUACUCCACUGGAAAACCCUCUACGUGGCUGGACGCCUACAGAAGCCGGUGAAAAUCCUGACACAGAAUGAGAAUAGCAAGCUACAAGCUGCUCUUGUGAGCAAUCUGAAGAGUGCAGUCACAGCAGCCUUUCUCAUGUUACCAGAAAGCUUCUCAGAAGAAGACCUCUAUAUGCAGAUUGCAGGACUCUCCUAUACUGGUGAUUUCAGAAUGAUAGUAGGAGAAGACAGAUCGAAAGUGCAGAACAUAGUGGAACCUAAUGUUCCCCAUUUUCAGAAGCUGUACAGUAACAUACUACAGGACUGCCCUCAAGUGGUAUACAAGCACCACCUGGGAAGGCUAGAGAUAGAUAAAAGUCCAGAAGGUCAAUUUGCACAAUUGAUGUCUUUGCCAAGGACUCUGCAACAAAAGAUAACUUCUCUGGUAGACCCUCCUGGAAAAAACAGAGAUGUGGAAGAAAUUCUAUUGCAAGUUGCCCAUGACCCUGACUGUGGAUUUGUGGUGCAUCAAGGCAUUGCAAGAAUUGUGAGAUCUUCCAGCGUAGUGCAGAGUGCUAAAACCAUACUAACAGCUGGGGUAAAGAAAUCUGUAACUUACAGUAUGAAGAAAUUAUAUAAAAUGACAAAGGGAUGGUUAAGGAAGGCAUCUUGAAUCUUGACAUACUGUGUAUGGGUAAAUAAAUGGUUCACCGUUAGGAUUCUUCUGAGGAUGUUUACUGGGUGCUUCUGCAGGGUGGACUUCAGGAAAAGUCAGGGUUUUCUUAAAUGUGUGACAUGCUGAAUCUAAAAACCUUUGGCUGUGACUUUCACUGUGAGAAAGUGUUUGAAAUGAGAGGCUUGUCACAUAUCAGAUCUUUUCAUUAAAAUUGCAUGUUCCUUUCAUGAGACUGAGAGGACAACUGCCCAAUUCAUGGCUAAGCAUUGCCAGAAGUGUCCUCAUUAGACGGAAAGUGAUAUUCUCAUUGACCUUCGGAAGCUACUUAAGUGGAUUAAUGAAUUGUGUGUUGUUUGGCAGAAGAUUCUGAGUCCUUUAAAGUUUAUGAACAAAAGUACCUAUUAUUUAAUUGAUUCCUUAUUCUUGUUUUUCAGAAAAUACUGUCCACAAAGAUAACAUUUGUUCUCCCUUGCUUAAUUCAAUUAGCUAAACUAAAGGAAAUUGGACUUAUACAUAACACAGUACAUUAAACAUGCCGUUAAAGAAUGGACAUUUCUGGCAGUAUUGAUGUGCUGACACAAUAAAUCUGGAGCAUCUGUUGUAAAUAGAAUAUUUUUUGCACUGAGUUUUGUGGGCUUGUGGAUUUUGGAUGUUUUUCUUAAUAAAAUAAAUGGAGAGAACAUUUUACUUGUGAGAGUGUCAAUGAUAAAAAUAAUUGAAAGGUAAAAAAUGGAAAUAAAAUGUACCAUUCCUGAUCAGCAA